GGCGCACAGGGGCGCCACUUCCUGGCCCACAAAGGCCGCGCGCGAAUUUGGGGAGGGCGUGCAACGCCGUCCGCUUUGGGUUGUGUCCAUUGCGACAGCUGCCGAGCGCUAAAGCGCUGCCCCCGCAGCCCCGAGGGGGCGGCCCUAUGUUUAUGGGGGUGCCGCCGCGGCCAGCCCGGGGGCGAGGCCCCGAGCUCGGGCGUGUGAGAAAGUGGGACGCCUACGCCUUUGCAGGGCCGCGUUCAGAAAUAUGCGGCCGCCUGCCCGGCAGUAAGACGCGCGCCGGUUUUCCGCAGCUUCCGCAGGAAGACGAGGCGGCCCGGCCGGGCGCAUUGCAAUGCAGAGCGCCCAGUUGCUGGCCCCUUCGCCGCGGAAGCCCCCGGGCACGCAGUAGUUUGGUGCAGCAAGUGGCGCGACCUUGAAGUGGCGCAACCGGAGGGGCCCCGGGGGUUUGGCGCGGAAGCCACCCCGCGGGGCUUUUGGGUGUCGCCACGUCCGCGGCGACGCCCGCCGGGCCCUUGGCGAGAUGAUGUGGGAGGGCAACACGAAAGCCCGACGGAUGACAACGAAAAACACGGCCGGCGACGCCGCCGGCGGGUCCGCCCCCCAAAAAAGCGCCCGAGGCAAAAGGCUACGCCGCCAAAGUGGUAGCCUAGCAGCCGCCCCGUCUCCGCACCUGGCCGCCCCGGCCGCCCGCAGCAGGCGCAGCAAGGGGCGAAGCGAGCCAAUGGCGCCGAGGCCUCCGCCGCCCCGGUCUAGGGCAUUGCGGCAGGAUGGUGGGGCGCGCCCUCUGUGUUAUCUUCCGGGGGUGUGCCUCCUUUGCUGGCCCUUACUUCCCUUGCGACGGGCCUGGCCCGUCUCCGCGCGCGUAUUUGUUUGCUCGCCCGGCCUCCCUCGCUUGCUCUGGCAACGCGAGCCGCCCGGCCGCAGGGGGGGCCAAGCAUGCACUCGCGCCCGCCCUUUGGCGCGUGGCACUGCCUUGGGUUGCAGCAAAACAGGGCGCGCGCAUGUUUCUAGGUAGUGUCGCGGCCCGCCCCGCCCCUUCCCAUGGGGCAGCGCAGUGUGGUGGCGCGUUAUUGGCUGCGCCCGGCCCUCGAGGAUGUUCCAGUGGUUUUCCGUGGUUCCAUUUCCAAAGUGAUUGCCCCUACCACCCGCGUCCCUUGCUCCCUCAGUCAUGUUUUCGUCCGGGGGCGUGCCUUGCUGAGGCCACGCUCGCUGGGAGCGGUGUUGGUAGUGUUCGGGUGGAGCGCUUUUCCGCGUCACGUGAUACACACGCGCGAUGGGAUUAUCAGAUGACAACAGACAAUCCCGCUGCGAUGUUCUAAAGAGUCCAACCAUGUCGAAG